UAACCAAGUCUCUUCACAGUAAUUCAAAUUUCAAAACCCACAUUAAAAACUUAACAGUCAAACCUAAGACUUACUACAAAUCAUGAAAGGAACAAAUAUGUAAACAAGAAAACUCAAUUUUCAUUUUCCUCAACUCCACCGUUUCUUACAAGAAAAACUCGCAUAUAUAAAUUCAUCACCAACACUCCUUUCAUUUUCAUUUGGUCAUAGAAACAUGGGUGAAGGUAUAGUUGAAAAAGCUCUUGAAAGCUUAGGAAAAGGGUUCGAUUUAACAUCAGAUUUCAGACUCAAAUUCUGCAAAGGCGAAGAGCGUUUGAUUCUUCUCAACGAAACCGAGAAACGAAAACUCACAGUACCAGGUUUUGGAUCCAUUCAAGAUGUUUCUGUCGAUAUCAAAUGCGAUAAAGGAGAUCGCACACGCUAUCAAUCAGAUAUCCUCACUUUUACUCAAAUGUCAGAGUUAUUCAAUAGGAAGAGUUCAAUUCCUGGGAAAAUUCCAAGUGGAUACUUUAACAGUGUGUUUGGGUUUGAUUAUGGAUCAUGGUCAAGUGAAGCAGCAAACACAAAGUGUUUAGGUGUUGAUGGGUGUUUGAUAAGACUGUUCAAUCUUCAUAUUGAUCCAUUUCCACUUCUUCUUUCUAAAAAAAUCAUUCAAGCUGUUCCUUCUUCAUGGGAUCCUCCUGCACUUGCAAGAUUCAUAGAAAACUUUGGUACUCACAUCCUUGUGGGGCUUAGCAUUGGAGGCAAAGAUUUAUUGCUAGUCAAGCAAGACGUGUCUUCCAACUUGGGACCAUCAGACCUCAAAAAUCACUUGGAUGAGCUUGGAGAUCAGUUAUUUAGUGGCACAUGCAAUUUCCUUCCCAAAAAGAAAGAUCAGAAACACAAGAUUCCGCCCGCAUUCGAUGUUUUUGGCCCACAAAUCGCUGCCUUCAACGGCUCUACUUCCGUGUGCGCAAAAGAUGGAAUAACAGUGAUAUGUGCAAAGAGGGGAGGGGAUACACAAGUAAGCAGCCAUAGUGAGUGGCUUCUCACAGUUCCUAACAAACCAGAUGCAAUUGAUUUUAGCUUCAUUCCAAUCACUUCUCUUCUUAAAGGUGUUCCUGGUAGGGGCUUCCUAUCCCAUGCCAUUAACCUCUAUCUUAGAUAUAAGCCUCCAGUGUCAGAUUUGGCAUACUUUCUUGACUAUCAAGCACACAAGCUUUGGGCUCCUGUUCACAAUGAUCUUCCUCUUGGUCCAAGUACUAACAUAACCACAGUUUCACCUUUUCUCACACUCAACUUGAUGGGUCCCAAACUUUAUGUUAACACUGAUAAGGUUACAGUUGGAAAAAGACCAAUCACAGGAAUGCGGUUGUUUCUCGAAGGCAUGAAAUGCAACAGAUUAGCCAUACAUGUAGAACAUCUAUUAAACACUCCAACAAUGCUUAGCAAUAAAAUCGAGGACACGACAAUAUGGUCGGAAGAAAUAAGCGAUAACCGUUUCUUUGAAUCGAUAACCGGGAAGAAAUUUUCUCAUGUCUGUACAGCGCCGGUGAAAUACAAUCCUGACUGGACCACUGAAAAAAAUGUGACAUUUAUUGUCACAGGAGCACAGCUUCAUGUGAAGAAACAUGACACAAAGAGUGUCCUUCAUCUGAGGUUAUUGUUCUCCAAGGUAUCAAAUUGUUUUGUUGUGAAAUCAAAUUGGACACAAGGCUCUUCUAGAUUGUCUCAGAAAUCUGGAAUUUUCUCAGCAUUAUUAUUAAGCACUUCAAUUUCUAAUAAAGACCAAAAGAAACCAACAGUGGUUAUGGAUUCAAGUGUGUUUCCAACAGGACCUCCAGUACCUGUGCAAACACAAAAAAUGUUGAAAUUUGUGGACACAUCACAGUUAUGUAAAGGGCCACAAGACACUCCUGGUCAUUGGUUGGUUACUGGGGCAAGAUUGGUCAUGGACAAAGGUAAGAUAUGUUUGUGGGCUAAGUUCUCUUUGUUAAAUACUGGCCUAUGAAACAAAAAAUCCAAAUAAAUUAAAUAAAAAAAAAAGAAUUUUUUGCAAGUUAAUUAUUUCCUUUUUUUUUUUUUGUAAAAAUGAGUAUUUAUAAUAUGUAAAUUUUCAAAUAUAGUAUAUACCAACAAAUGGAUAUACCUUUGCAUAAUUAAUAUAUCUAGUUGUAUAAAAAGGUAGUUAUAGGAUCAUUAUUUUUUUUAUUGGUUUUGUAAGUAGCUUUCAACAAAAUCAGAGAUUUACAAUAUUGUAUUUGUAUAUUUUGUAAUGAAUUAUAUUUCUAAGCAUGCUGCUGUUUAGUUUUUAA